AUGAAUAAACUUACAUUAUAAUUUAAGGCUGCAGAUAUUGAAUUAAAAUAUUAAAAACAGUCCAUUUAAAAAACACUCAGGCCUCUGCAUUUUGGUCUCCUUCUAAUGUCAUUAUUAAUGAAUACAUUACAGAUAAUUAAGGUAACAACUAGGCAAUCAUUUUCAAUACCAAUUAUCAACAUAACUUUUGUUGCCCUCUCAAUAUUAAGCUUUUUCAUUGUAAGGAAAAAGGAGACUCUAACAUAAAAAAUAAUGACUCUAGAAAAUGCUUUUAUCUUAUUACUUUAGUUAAAUUUUACUGCCAGCAAUAUACAUGGAUAAGAAUACUAUUUGUACGGGAGCAGCUUUUCUUUGAUUUAGGCAGUAACAUAUUUUGCUACAGAUUUUUAUUUAAGUUGUCCUUCUGUUAUAAUUCAUUUGAUAUUCAGAUUAGUUGUGACUACUUUUUAUGCAGGUAGAUUUGAUUUGGUAGGUUUGGGUCUUACUAUAGUUACAGCAGUAUUUUUAAUAAGCGUGUUAUAUAUAUGUAAUAGGGCACAAAGGUAGUAAUUUUUAAUGAAUUACAAAGAAGAUACGAUUAAUUAUCAAUUACAAACUUUAAUCAAUAAGCCUUUUACAAAAAUUAUUUACAAUGAAAAGAAGCUUUAAAUAGAUGUACAUUAAGUCAAUUAAGAGCAUUAAUUUUUGGGAUACAACCAAAAUUUGUGUUAUGGUUGUAAUAUCAGGAAUUUUAUAAGAAAUUGUAAAGUUGGCGACAGGAUACUAGAGAAAUGGAUAAUUCAUGAUUAAAACAGUAUAAGGGGAAAUUGCCUUGCGGUUGUUAAAAGAAACAAAAUAAAAAUCAGACUUUGUUAAUUCAACACAGAUAAUAGUUUGAUUUUAAUUUUAGAGAAUUCGAAAUUGGAAUCAAAGAAGAAACAAGUUCCUUAAAUUAUAUCAAAUCAAUUAGUAGAACAAUUUUCUAAUUGCAAGAAAAAUCGUUUUAAUUUGCAAUUUAAAUUCGGAGUCAUGUCAAUUUUAAUGUUAGGUUAAUAUAAAAUAAAGACAAUAAAUGUUGUUAAAUUGUUGAAUAAAUUAUUAAACACCUACGUUUUUUCAGCAACAGUUAAUUUGAAUUUAAAUGGCAAUAAAGUGGUAAAAUUAAAGACCUAUGCCUAAUUUUUUAAAAUAUACUUAAUUCAAGUAUUCAACAUAAUUUAGGAUAUGGAUUUAAAUAGUUUUCAUGAAAUAAGUAUGAAUAAUUUUGACAAUUAUCUUGCUUUCCAGGUAAAACUGUCAAAUAAGUACUAAUUUUUGUAAUUAUACUAAAAGAACUUCUUUAUCAAGUACACCGAAUAGCAUUUGCUGGUUACUCCUUUGAAUUUGGAUUUGGUAUUUUAUUUCAAUAAAUUAAUUCCGUUUGAUGAAACGAACUCUUAGUUAUGA